AUGUCACAAGGUGAUCUCUUGAUAGUUCAAAGGUUUCUAAUUCGGAUUAAAUCGGAUGACAAUCGCCAUGUGACUUAUCGUUUCAAGAUUUUCAAGUUGCAGUUCAAUCCAAAUGAGGAGGCAGAGAGGGUUGAGGUGAAGAGUCUAGGUGGUGAUGCCCUAUUCUUAGGUGAUAACCAGUCCAUGGCUGUUUUGGCUUCUGAUUUUCCGGGAUGCCGACCAAAUUGCAUAUACUUUACCGAUCAUUAUUUGAUGGUUGCACAUCCUCCUCCGGUUUACGGCCGCUGUGACUUGGGCAUCUUCAAUGUUGAUGAUGGUAGCUUCCAAGGACUCUGCAAUUUAGAUUGUUCACAAAAGCAUUUGGUGCCUGCAAUUUGGAUUUUGCCAACUCCUUCCUUGCACUGA